GAACGAAGAUGUUUCGAUAGGUGCUUGGUUAGCAGGUCUUUCUGUUCAUUAUGUUCAUGAUCCUCGUUUUGAUACCGAAUUUCGUUCCAGAGGAUGCAACAAUCAAUAUAUUAUCACACAUAAGCAAACACUAUAUUCUUUAAAGAAAUUAUAUGCUUCAGUUGUAAAUACUGGUAAGCUCUGUGAAAAGGAAUAUCGCAUCCGACCAUCUUACGUUUAUGAUUGGUCAGUUCCACCGAGUAUGUGCUGCGUUCGACAAAAUGGCUCUACCAUACCGUAA